AUGAACUUUUUCAAGACAAAACCACGAACACCUCCUGAUAUCGUCCGUGGCUUGCGAGAUGCGAUACCCAAACUCGAAUCCGGGCCUCCAGGGAGUGAGACGAGGAGAAAGGCUGGUGAAGAAGUAUCUAGAAAUCUUCAGGCAGUAAAGGGUAUUCUAUAUGGCGAUGGAGAACCUUUGCCGGAACUCAUCGCGCAACUCGCACAAGAAACGUAUUCCACAGACCUACUCCUCCUUCUCGUGCAGAAUAUCUCAAAGUUCGAUUUUGAGGCUCGAAAGGACGUCGUCCAGAUAUUCAAUAAUCUUCUCCGGCGUCAAAUCGGGGCACGAUUACCAACAGUGGAAUACAUAUGCGCUAGGCAUGAAGACGUCAUCUUUGCAGCAUUAGAGGGAUAUAGUAACGAAGAGGUUGCGUUGAACACAGGAAUGGUUCUUAGAGAGAUGUUGCGACAUGAGCAGUUGGCGAAGAUCUUACUCUAUUCUGACCAGUUCUACAUGUUCCCUCAUCAUAUAGAAACGACAUCGUUUGGAGUUUCAUGCGACGCAUUUGCAAAUCUCAAAGAGACAUUAACACGACACAAACCUAUGGUCGCUGAAUACCUGGACAAGAACUAUGAUCGUUUCUUCGCCUCUUUCACAACUCUUUUACUUUCCAAUAAUUAUGUCACCAAGCGCCAAUCUCUCAAGCUCCUCGGCGAAAUCCUCCUUGACCGUGCAAAUUUCAGCGUCAUGACCAGAUACAUCGCACAAGAAUCCAAUCUAAAGAUGAUGAUGAACAUGCUUCGGGACAAGAGCAAGAAUAUCCAGUUUGAAGCUUUCCACGUUUUUAAAGUAUUCGUUGCCAAUCCAAAGAAACCACCUCAGAUUGAAACGAUACUAAGACGCAACAAGGAGAAAUUGCUAACGUUCUUGAGGAGCUUCCAUAAUGAUAAGGAGGACGAACAGUUCAGCGACGAGAAGCAAUUCCUUAUCGUGCAGAUACAGAACCUGUGA